CGAAACACUGUUGCUCGUGGAGGGAUGAGCCUCUUUGAAUACCACUGCUACUGCUUGCAACAUGUUUCCAAUGCCUCCUCCGGCAGCUGUCGACUGAGAGCUGUACACACCAUCCGAGACGCUUGACGCUGCCACGAACGAUCAACACCAAGCUUUCGACGAUCGACUCGGCCAUGUCGACUACAUUACAUCGAAUAGAGGCACCGGUAACUGCGAAGGCAUACGUUAUGUGUGCCUUCGCAGCAUUCGCAGGUGUCCUCUUCGGAUAUGAUUCUGGAUAUAUCUCGGCCGUGCUUGGCAUGGCACAAUUCAAGAAGGACUACGGCCAUCCAGGAUAUCCAGUCCAGCCAGACGCACCGGACGGCUACAACUAUGCGACCUGGGAAAAGUCGUUGAUCGUUUCCAUACUCUCUGCCGGUACUUUCGUGGGCGCACUGAUCUCGGGCUACCUCGCUGACCAAAUCGGGAGACGACCGACCAUUGUUGGGCCUGGCUGCGGAGUGUUCGUGGUAGGCGUCGUGAUCCAGGUCGCCGCAACUCAUGUAGCUGCACUCUGCGUGGGUCGAUUCAUCUCAGGCCUCGGUGUUGGCUGUGUCUCGGCCGUCAACAUCCUCUACAUGUCUGAAGUCGCUCCACGAAAGGUCCGAGGCGCGAUCGUCUCCGCCUACCAGUUUGCCAUCACAAUCGGCAUCAUGUUGGCAAGCUGCGUCGGCUACGCAAACCAGGACCGGAGAGACUCCGGCGCCUACCGCAUUCCCAUCUCUGUUCAGUUCAUGUGGGCAGUCAUCUUGAGCAUUGGCCUUUUCAUUCUACCGGAGAGCCCGCGAUAUUGGGUCAAAAAGAAGAAAUAUGCCAAGGCCGCACAAGCGCUGGCAAGAGUACGUGGACAACCAGUGGAAUGCCCAUUCAUCGAGGACGAACUCGCGGAGAUCGUUGCCCACUGCGAAUACGAAGCGCAAGUCGGGGAAGUUUCAUGGGCAGGACUAUUCACAGGCGGCAUCACGAAUUCGAACAGCAACAUCCGAAAAAUCUUCAUUGGAACCUCAUUACAGAUGAUGCAGCAAUGGACCGGAAUCAACUUCAUCUUCUACUACUCGGUCACGUUCUUCCAGCAGGUGCACCUGACAAAUCCCUUCCUGAUCUCCAUGGUCACAACGAUUGUCAACGUGCUCAGUACACCCGUCUCCUUCUAUGCCAUCGAGAAGUUUGGCCGAAGAAAUCUGCUCAUCUUCGGCGCAGUAGCGAUGUGCAUCUGCGAGUUCCUUGUCGCAAUUAUCGGCGUAUCUGGCAAUUCGGAGGCAUCGAGCUACUGUAUUAUUGUUUUUGUUUGCAUAUAUGUCUUCUUCUUUGCAUCGACAUGGGGUCCAGCCGCGUGGGUCGUCAUAGGCGAGAUCUUCCAGCUGCCCAUCAGAUCGAAAGGCGUUGCGCUAUCAACAGCCUCGAAUUGGUUCUGGAACUGUGUUAUUGGCAUUAUCGUUCCGUUUAUCGUUGAUGAAGACAAGGGAAAUUUGGGCGUUAAAGUGUUCUUCAUUUGGGGAUCUACCUGUGCUUCCUGUGCUCUUUUUGCCUGGAUGUUCGUGCCCGAGACUAAGGGCCUCACACUUGAGCAAGUCGAUAAGAUGAUGUCAGAGGUCCCUGCCUACGAUAGCAAGAAAUGGACACCACAAGAUACAUUCUCAGAGGAUUACGGAUUCAGACAUCGAAGAAGCAGUACACGCAGUAGUAUAAUUGACGGCGAACGAGCACCAAAAGUCGAAAGUUUCAUUGAAAUGCAUAGAGGGUGAAGAGAGGUAUACAUUGCUGUUCGAAGCGUCGGCGUUUGGGAUUGAGUGUGACCUGCAUGCAUAUUGGGAGGAAUGAGCGAUGAUACCCUGAGACUAUGGACUGUCAGGAUGACAAAUGAUGUUUACUGUGUAAUAUCUCAGACGAGAGCCUACCGAGAGGUGUAUUCUGUCGGCGGGCUGCAGCUUGCUGCCAGAAAGAAAGAAAGCAUUUCAGCUGG